AUGCAGAUAGACAGCACUAACAGUGAAAAGCAGACAGCUUUUAUGUCAAAGUCGAGUGAAGUUAGCACUAAGCAUGUCAAAAAAGUUAACAAGAAAAACAUAACCUGCUUCCGGUGUAAACAAAAAGGUCAUUAUAUGAAUAAGUGCCCUAGUGCUAAUAAUAAUGCGUUUAGUGCAACAUUCUUAAGUGGAAACUUUAAAUCUACAGAUUUUUAUGUCGAUUCUGGAUGCAGCACGCAUCUUACAGCGAGAAAAGAUUGGUUGACAAAUAUCCGAGAUGCAAGUUCGUCCAAUAUAACUGUGGCUAACAGUGAAAGUUUGGAAGUGAAAUGUGCUGGUGAUAUGAUGGUAACCACAAUUGUCGAUAAAAAGAGAUUAGAGAAAGUUUUGAAUAUUCUUAUAUUUUCUAGUGUUGGCGUAUGUUUAUAA